GCGAUUUAUUUUGGUGACAGCGCGACGCACAUGGCUUGUUGCUUGUUAUAUAAUCGUUAAUUAAUAAUUAUUUGUUAUUUUAGUAUAUAAUAUGUAAUUUUCAUAGUUUGUUUUGGUGUUCUAUUUCUAUAACACCUUAGGAUCAUCGACUUCAAUUGGAUAUUGGAAUGUGGGGUUAUUUAUGUCGGCAGUCAGCGAUGUGAACGAUCUAAUAAUUGCUGCAUUUUAUUCCAGUGCUGUUGAUCUUGAUAAUAUUAUUAGGUACCUAUAUUAUUAUAUAUUUAUAUAGGUGCACAAUAAAUUUUUCCGAUUUCCUGUGGCUCGUCGCGCAAACAAUAGAUUAUAGUUGUGUCAACUAAUGUUGUAUGCCCGAUUAGAAACAAAUAUGGUUAUUGUGUAGUGUGUAGUUAGUUGUACACUGUGUACUGUGCGUCUGUGCUUCGUCUUACAACUCUCCUAGUCAGCGAAUAUCGUUUUACAUUUUUUUAUUUUACCGUGUUGCUCAUAUAAAGAAAUACAUACCUUCUGGUUGCUCAAAACAGCGUUUUAAAUAGUGAUCAUGACGUCUAUGUUGAAUAACGUCUGGAGUUGGAUAGUCGGGAAACCCGAUGUGCCCGAUGUACCCAAAAAUAUUUUUUUUGAAAAAGAUGUGACGGCAGAUAAUGAUUUUUGGAUAUCUUGCAUUUUGAACCCGUCAUUGGAURUUAGAUAUGUGAAUGGUAUAGUGACAAAGAUAUUAGACACUGACAAAUGUAUUAUUAACAACAAAUACCACUAUCAGCCAAAAACUGAGAAAGAAAUUCGGAACUUCCCAUUCAUAGAAUUAAACAGUCCCGUCAGAAUAUCUGUCUACAGGGAAAAGAACUCUGACAAUGCAGAAUGGAAGGUUGCAAGUUGUUUUCUAUCCAAAAACGGCCCUCGUCAUCAGCCUGAUGUAAUUAGAUCUAAUGAAUCUGUCCGUGUUCUCCUUGAUGACAUUGAACCAACACCCCAAGAUGGAGAUAUUGUUGAAAAUGAUGAUGAUGAAAAUGAAAUGACUAUUGAAGUGUUGGGUGAUAUGCCUAGAGUAAUUGGUUUUGAAGAGGAAACAAAUAUACAGAUAUUAUUUAGAAAUAACAGCUAUGUUGAGGAGAAAAAAUUAAACGAUUAUCAAACUAUGCAAGGAAAUAAUGUACAAUUGUCAAUUGUUAAUAAAAAUAAAUUGCCUAUAGUAAUUGGAGUGCAGUCAGAAUAUAUUUUUGACAUUAAUCUUAAAGGAAAGCAUUUAGGAAAAUCUACUGAAAAAGUUGAAUUUAUUUUUGAAAAUAUUACUUACAAAGUAGGCAUAAACAUUGAUGUCACUGAUUCAAGAAUGAUUCUUCCAAGUAAUCCAGGUUUUUAUUCUAAGCGAGAAAUUGAUAUGCAGAGAUUAUUUGAACUGCAAAAUGAUCCUAUAGUUCGCGGUGUUCGUAAUUAUGCUGGACCACAGUUUCCAUCAGUCCGUUUAUCAAAUUGGAGUAUUCCACAUCAAUUGACAAAAUGUUAUUGGUCUGAAGAUGGGAAAUUUAAUCAAAACUUGAAUGAAGUUAAAAGUAAUAUUCAAAAAUUAUAUCCAGCUGCUUUUGAAACUCUUGUCUACCAAAAUUAUAAAGCAAAAUAUCAUACUCUUUUAUUCAUGGAAGAAAUAGAAAUAACUGCAAGUCUUCAAAAAUAUGCACAAGAAAGAAUACAUUUUGAGCAUGCAGGUGAAUAUCUAAUUCUUAAAAUACCUGAUCUUUCUGAGCAACGGCCUUCUUUAAUUACUGGUGAUAGAGCUACAGUUACAGAUCCACCAAACUGUACUAAAAGACUAGGUGAAUGUGGACUCUAUGAAGGCAUAAUUCAUAAAGUCUUGGCGGAYGAAAUAUGGUUAAAAUUUGAUCCAGAAUUUCAUAAUAUAUGUGGCCAUUGGGAUUAUAGCGUUAAUUUUUUUAACGCCAGAAUGAUGUAUCGUAAACUACACGAAGUAGUUAAUGAAAUGUGGAAAAAGAACAGAUUAGGUGAAUCAUUCUUGUUUCCAUAUAGGGAUUCUUUAGAAUACCAGCCAUCAAAAUUGAAGAUUCUAAGCCAUGAUAACAUAAGCUCUAACGACAGUUUAGAGGAAAAUUUAAAAAAAGAUAGCAAUACUCUGUUACUACAACCAAAGGUUGUGCAAAAGAUCAGAUGGUUUAAUAAUAAAUUGAACUCAGAACAAAGAAAUGCUGUCAUUAACAUUCUAAAAGGUGAAGGGAGACCAAUGCCUUAUAUUAUUUAUGGACCACCCGGAACUGGUAAAACAAUAACUUUAACGGAAACCAUCAUUCAAGUAUACAAAGAAUUCCCCAAAAGCAGACUGUUGAUUUGUGCUCCAACCAAUUCUGCCGUUGAUAUAUUACUGUCUAAACUUGUGAAUUCUGGUUUAUUCAACAACACUAUUAUGAAGCGUUUAGUUGGCUAUAAUCAUUUUAUCGGUUUGUCUUAUGAUAUGGAUUAUGAUGAAUAUUGUGCUUUGCCUGAACUUGAUAGUACAUAUCAUACCGGUGAAUCAGAUGCUAGGUUAAUUAAAAAACAGGAUAUUCUUAAAUUACGAAUAGUUCUUGCCACUGAAGGUACAGCUGGAUUAAUGUAUAUGAUGGGCUUAAAGAGUGGAACUUUUACUCAUAUAUUUAUAGAUGAAGCUGGACAAUCAACAGAACCGGAUAUAUUAUUACCACUUUCAUUUUUGGAUCCACAGCGAGAUGGACAAGUUGUAUUGGCUGGAGAUCCCAAGCAGUUGGGGCCUGUAGUUAUGUCAUUAUUAGCAAAAUAUUAUGGUGGUCUUGAACUGUCUAUGUUAUCUCGUUUUAUUAAUUACCCUUCAUAUCUGAGAGAUAUUGAUAGUUUUCCUGAAUAUAAUGGUUAUAACCCAAAGCUUAUUACACAUUUAAUACAGAAUUAUCGAUCUUUGCCAGAAAUUAUGUUGAAUUUCAAUAAAUUAUUUUAUAAAUCAUUAUUAGUGCCAACUAUAUUGAAUGAUAAUGCACGGGAAAGAAUAUUAUUAAAAAACUUGAAUGAAAAUACUCAUUGGGACAUUGGUUGUAAAGGGCCAGUUAUUGUGCAUGGUAUCAUUGGUGAAGAUAGCCAAGAUCCCAAUAGUCCUUCAUGGUUUAAUCCCCAUGAAGCCUUUCAAGUCUUAUUGUACUUUACAAGAUUAAUGAAAUCUGGUAUAUCUGCUGAUGACAUUGGAAUUAUCACCCCAUACUCUUCUCAAGUUUCUAAAAUUAAUGAGUUAUUGAAAAUGUACCAUCCAGAUAUUAAAUUACCAAAAGUAGGCUCAGUAGAAAUGUUCCAAGGACAAGAGAGGAUGGUUAUUAUCAUAUCCAUAGUUCGAAGCAAAUCCACAGCAGGACGCGAAAAAGAUAAGAAAUUUAGACUCGGCUUUCUUGUUGCCAAUGAACGAACCAAUGUUGCAUUGUCCAGGGCAAAAUCAUUGCUCAUUAUAAUUGGAGAUCCAUGUACAAUGAAAAUGAAUUCCAAUUGGAAGUUUGUACUAUUACAAGCAAUCAAAAAUGAUAACUAUAUUGGAUGUAAUGUUACUAUAUAAAUAGUUUUAAUAAUAAUUUUUAAUUUUUCACAACUUAAAUUGUAUUAUUAAACUAC